UUCUUAUCAGAUGUCUUUUUGGAUUGUUUGGUAGUCAACGUUAUAUAUAUAGUUCAUUUCGCUUAGCGGAAAAGACUGCAGCGUGGGUUUCUCUGAGUGCACCAUGGCGCACAUGUGUGUGCAUUGCUCCUUCAACGGAGAGCGUGGCAAGUGCGAACGGGUCGGUGCACAUCACGCGCCCUAUUGCCCGAGGUUCAAGGGCACCUGCAAGUAUUGCGGCUGCAAAGGCGGCUUCGAGUGCGUGGCGAAGGAGCAUGGCCAUCAUCAAAGCUUUUGCCCGCGUUUCAGAGGCGAAUGCAAGCUAUGUGGCAUCAAAGGAUCCUACGAAGAGAUUGCCAUGUUAAGCCCCGCUCACAACCGCUUUUGCGAGCGAUAUUCCAACAGGUGUCACUUCUGUGGUGUGGUGGACGGAGCUGUUUGCGGGGGUCACCACCAGGUGCGAUGUUCACGGUUCCGUGGGGAGUGCAAGCACUGCCACGUGGUGGGAUCCUGCUGCUCGUGCAGCUGCAGCCUGGGCACUUCUUGUGUUUCUGAGCUAUGUCACCACCCACGGCCCACAGCACACCGAGGGAUGUCCACGGCGCUGGGACUCACAGCCCAGCUGCGAGCGGUCGAAUCACAGCCUCGUGGCGUCACUCUGAGGGCGUGGUUUGUAACGGUGAUUCAAUUGGUAGCGACGGCCUCCAACCUAAGAGCGAUGUGGCGGUGUGAAAAUUAUGAUGAAAGUGUCCAAGUGUUGGUGUCAGAAGAUGUUUCAAAUGAGAUCGAAUCAACGAAGGCUCUUGUCUUUGAUUCUCAUCAAACAGCUUCCGUGUGAAGCUUCGAAUCAAACACGUCUCCAAAGGAGAAGGUGACAGGUGCCGGUGUAUAGGGUCAAUGGUGUCAGAAGAUGCUGGACAUGAUUGGGAAGUCGAAACAAGCUCGUUUCCACAUUGUCGGUGCAAGUAUGGGUCAAACUCAUUGAUGGUUCUUUGGCUGCUCAUGUUUGGUCAAAUGUCCAUGCCUUCUCCCUGGAUGUCAUCAAAGCUAUGACGUCACGAUUCACAGUUCUUUGGUC